GCACGGAGUUCAAAGACCUAAAACUGUCACACCACGCCAUCCUAGUGAAAUUGAAGAAGAGAGAUUACGAUUGGAAGAGUAUCAAUUAUUGAAUAAGAGUUUAUUGGAACGAAAUCACAGGAAGGAGUAUGAAGAAGACGAUUCAUUUAAUUUGAGUACAGCACUUUUAACCUUAAAUCCAGAACAUGUAACAGCUUGGUCGUUCCGAAGAAAAUGUUUAAUCUCAAUCAUCAAAUCAAAUGAAGUUGAUCACAAUGAAAUAGGAUUAGAAAAAUUAAAUGAUGAAAUGAAAUUUACGUUUAAAAGUUUUGAAAAUCAUCCAAAAUCUUAUUCGAUUUGGGAACAUCGUAAAUGGAUUCUAAAACAAAUGAAACCUCAAGAUUGGUUAAAUGAAUUGAAUUUGGUGGAAAGAUUACUUAAAAAAGAUGGGAGGAAUUUUCAUGUAUGGGGAUAUAGACGAUUCUUAAUCUCGAUGAUUUCAAGUCAAGACGAUCAACUUUCAUCUGAAGAAAGGUUUAAAUCUGAAUUAAAUUUUACAACAAAACAGAUCGAAUCCAAUUUUUCAAAUUUUUCUGCUUGGCAUUAUCGAUCAAGAUUACUUGAAUCUAAGUUUUUAGAUUCUAAGACAGAUGAAAAAGAGAUUAGAUUGAAAGAAGAAUUUGAAUGGGUUCGGAAUGCUUUAUGGAUUGAUCCGAAUGAUCAAAGUGGUUGGCUAUACCAUCGUUGGUUAAUGAGUCAUAACAAUCGAGAAGAUGUUCGGGAAGCAGAGAUUGGAUCGAUCAAAGAAUUAUUAGAAGUUGAACCUGAUUCGAAAUGGGCAUUAUCCACAUUACUUCAAUAUUGUCCAAAUGAAGUAGAUGUAUUGAAAAAGUUAGUCGAAUUAGAUCCAUUGCGUAAAGAGCGGUACUUGGAUGUGGCGAAAGGUCUUGUAAAAGUUUGA